CAAACUUGUCAUCGCGACCGUUGUGAAGCGAACCAAGUCUCUUCUCUCGCUUCGUGGGGGUACUAGGGGUCUGGUGAUCACCGUGCAAGAGAUUUCAAUCACCAGUGCAGCGGCGAACCCCAGGUAGUAUCGCGUAACACCGUCGUCGUGUCCAACAAUCAGCCAUCUAGCCAACAAAACGGAUGAAAGUGAAGGUGUAAGUCAAGCGAGUCGUGCAUGUAGAGUUUAGUUGUUUCUCUUUCUUCUUGCACCGCAGUCCCGCACUUUCUUUUUUGGCGCACAAUAAUAAAAUUUUACGUCUGUCUUGCGUCGAUUUAAACAAAAACAACACAAACGCCUUUCGAACAGUGCUCUGUGUGUUUUUUUUUGUGCUAGAAACUUGCCCCGAAUGGCCUGAAAGUGCAGUGUCCAGAUACGAUCAUAAUCGUGAGUUUUGACGACGGCAUCUACACAAGAUAUUAUUGGAUAUUUGGAACUGCUUUAGAUACUUCUGCUAGUUAUAAAAAGAAAACCUAACAAUGAUAGACAGAGUGGAGCCCGUAACACAAAAUCCAGAUUUGGUAGGGGUUAAUGUCGAAAGGCCACCACCUCCUGCUUUAACGAACCAACAGUCCACAAUAUGGGCCAAAAGACAACACGCAGUAUGCGUAAGGCAUGCAUACAAAACAUAUGGUUCGAAAAAAAAUCCUAACCAUGUCUUGAGCAACCUCAACAUGACAGUAGCAAAAGGCACAAUAUAUGGUCUUUUGGGAGCUUCGGGUUGUGGAAAAACAACACUUCUUUCGUGUAUCGUAGGUCGCCGCAGACUAAAUGAGGGUGAAAUAUGGGUACUCGGGGGAAAGCCAGGAACAAAAGGGUCGGGAGUGCCGGGAAAAAGAGUCGGCUACAUGCCUCAAGAAAUUGCUCUCUACGGGGAGUUCUCCAUCAAAGAAACGAUGAUGUAUUUUGGAUGGAUUUUUGGCAUGCAUACCUCGGAGAUCAACGAAAGACUGCAAUUUCUGCUUAAUUUCUUAGAUUUGCCUAGUCAAAAUAGAUUGGUUAAGAAUCUGAGUGGCGGACAACAACGAAGAGUUUCUUUUGCCGUUGCCUUAAUGCACGACCCAGAACUUUUAAUUCUGGAUGAACCUACUGUAGGGGUGGACCCAUUGCUGAGACAAAGCAUAUGGAAUCAUUUAGUACAAAUUACAAAAGAUGGAAACAAAACUGUAAUUAUUACAACACACUACAUUGAAGAGGCUAGACAAGCUCACACGAUUGGGCUUAUGAGAAGUGGAAAACUAUUAGCUGAAGAAUCUCCACAUGUUCUUCUUUCAAUUUAUAACUGCCAAUCUUUGGAAGAAGUUUUCUUAAAGCUCUCUAGGAAGCAAGGACAAGCAAAUGGUUCUAAUAAUGAAGCGAACAUUAGCAAUAAUAUUAGUUUAGCUACAAUUAAUUGGGGUAAAAAAGAUUCAGUCUAUGUCACGGAGGAAAGCGGGGUUGUUGGAUUAAAUUUCCACCAGAGCAAGGAAGUACUCAUUACUGAUGCCAAUGGACAUGUAGAUGUAGGUUUAAAUGGAAAGGCUGCAACAAAGUCAGAAAUGUCGCAAGUAUGUGACGAUUGUACAGAUUGUUCCCAAUGGACUACAAUGGGAAAAAUGAGAGCACUUUUGCAGAAAAAUUUCUUGAGGAUGUGGCGAAACGUGGGAGUGAUGUUGUUCAUAUUCGCCCUCCCUGUUAUGCAAGUUAUUCUUUUCUGUAUGGCCAUAGGUCGAGACCCUACAGGUUUAAAACUAGCAAUUGUGAACCACGAAGUCAACUAUACCAAUUUAACAUACCAAAAUUGUACUUACGAACCGGGAUGUAAAUUUUCGAGACUUAGUUGUCGAUAUUUACACCUGUUACGAAAUAAUACGAUAAUAAAAAAUUAUUAUCCUGAUCCGGACAGUGCUAUAGAAGCUGUUAAAACAGGACAUGCCUGGGGCGCUUUAUAUUUUACCGAAAACUUUACAGACGCAUUAGUAGCGAGGAUGGCACUUGGAAAGGAUUCUGAUGAAGAAACUUUGGACCAAAGUGAAAUACGAGUUUGGCUGGACAUGUCAAAUCAACAGAUAGGAAUAAUCUUACAAAGAGAUUUGCAGCUAAGUUAUCAAGAUUUUGCAAAGGAUUUGUUGGAAGCUUGCGAUACAAAUCCUAAAAUAGCAGAAAUUCCGAUCACAUUCAAAAAGCCAAUUUAUGGCUCAAGUGAGCCUUCAUUUACAGACUUCGUUGCACCUGGAGUUAUUUUAACAAUUGUAUUUUUCUUGGCUGUGGCCCUUACGUCGUCAGCACUGAUCAUCGAAAGAAUGGAAGGUUUACUGGAUCGAUCAUGGGUAGCAGGAGUGACGCCGGCUGAAAUCCUCUUCUCCCAUGUGAUGACACAAUUUGUGGUCAUGUGUGGACAAACGGCACUUGUCUUAAUCUUCAUGAUACUGGUGUUUGGUGUACAAUGCAAAGGGGACAUAGGAUGGGUGAUAACACUUACAAUCCUCCAAGGAUUGUGUGGUAUGUGCUUCGGAUUCGUGAUAUCAGCAGUUUGUGAACUGGAAAGAAAUGCCAUUCAAUUGGCACUGGGUAGUUUCUAUCCCACUCUACUUCUUAGCGGAGUGAUCUGGCCUAUAGAAGGUAUGCCCGGCAUUUUAAGGUACAUAGCCACCUUCUUGCCAUUGACGUUGGCCACAACAUCACUGCGGUCAAUGUUGACCAGGGGUUGGAGCAUAGCUGAAGCUGACGUAUAUUUGGGCUUUAUUUCUACCAUCAUUUGGAUCGUGGCAUUCUUAACAAUAAGUUUACUUGUCUUGAAAUUCAAGAGGGGGUGAUCUAUAUCGUGGUAGAUGUAAAUAUUCGGUUACGAACUGUAGUUGUGCAAUCAUUUCUACCAUUACCAAUAGGAAAUUUUUUACUGUGCGUCUUCACGGUUUUUUAUAAAGUAGGUUCAUGUAGAUAGUACUUUUUCAACGAGUGUCGCGCGCUUUUACAAGUAGAUCAAUUAAUUUUUAUUACAGAAUACAAACGAAAAUUUUAGUAAGUACCUAUGUAAAUAGUACAAACUUUGGCUCUCAUAUACAAUCAAAUUUUAUCACAACGACCGAUAUUUGGUGAACACAAAUAAAUUGAUGUAGGUAUAUUUUGGUACUAUGUACGGUAAAGUUUGAAUAGCAGCUUGCCGUCCUAAAUAGUUUGUACCUAUCACAUUAUUCUUAAUUCAAUCAAAUUAACUUUAUAUUUAAGUAAAUAAGUUGCUAUAUAUUUUUAUAGUUUGAUUUGUUUUUAUUUAUUAGACUAUAUUAAUAAUUAUGAGUGCUCAAUAACUUGUAACUAGAAACCUGGUAUUGUGAUGUAUAUUGUUAUUUUUCCUUUAUAAAUAAACUUUUUUGUCUCCCGCA